UAGGAUAUAUUUCAACUUGUAUAGAGAAUCUUUGUAACAGUCUCUGGCAUACAUGAUUCAUUUCUGUAGAAUUAGUUUGCUUUCACAUCUCGAUGCGAAGGAUCAUAAAUCUUUUGGGGUGCUUGCUUGUCUAUAAAGUGUUACAUUCUUCAUUAUACGUCAUGUGGUAGGCAUACAGAACGUUGCACGUUAUAUAACUACUUGCUCAUAAUCGCGUUGAUAUUAUACUUUCUUAUAUGAAAGUGCAUUGGUUUCGACAGAGUGCAAGUAUAAUUUAUCAUACCUUCCAAUUACAAGUAAGAUAGAUAUUUAUAAGUGCAGUAAAGAAAAAAAUUAAGAAAUAAUUAAGUUGAAUAUUAAAAAAAGAAAGGAUACAUAGAGACUAUAAUUUAGCUAGAUGUUUCUAGCAUUUCAAAGAAAAGAAAUGUGUAAGACACGAAUGAUCGGAUGAUGCUACGAGUUAAAGACGAAUCAGUGACUACAAAGGCUUCAAGGACAGGCUUUUCGAUUAAUGUUUUGUUUUAUCUCAGUUCCGAAUUUAUAAUUGGCGCUGUAAUUUCUAGUUUCUUAGUCAUCCUUAAUGUCAUAAAAUCUCUUCUGCCAAAGCCACCAAGGGAUUUGAGCGGUGAUGUAGUUUUAAUUGCCGGUGUCUCGUCGGCCCUCGGAGAGUCUCUUGCCGAGGAAUUCGCGAGGGGUGGAUGUUCUGUGAUCUGCAUGGAUAACGAUUUUAGAUCCGCCAAGGAGAUAACAACUAGGUUAAAAUCACGGUGCAAUAAAGUGAAGGGAAUCGGACCUAACCACAGGGAAAAAGAGCAGGAGAAUGUCGGACCCACAAUGGCAGCAUACGAAUGUAAUCUGCUGGAUCGUAAUGCCAUACGUGAGAUCGCCAAGAAGGUCGAGGAUGAGGUCGGUGGCAUCGACGUCCUAGUGACCUGUGCCGGACAGUCUUAUCAAGAUAUUUUCGAUACAGCCAAUACUACUCUCAUGAGUCAUUAUUGGACGAUGUUGGCAUUUUUGCCAUUUAUGCUACAACGCGACAGAGCACACAUUGUCGGAAUUACGCCAAUUACAUCAACCCAGGAUGUAUAUUUGAGCUCGAGGGCGGCGAUUGCCGGUCUUAUGGAAAGUUUGGGUCAGGAGUUGAGCAAUCAUAAUAGCCAUCUUACCUUCCUCGCGAUUUCACCUACAACAGCACGCAGUUCCUCGAGAAGACAAGAAGAACAAGCAAUAGCUAAGGAGGUUGUGGAGGCAAUCAGAAGAGGCCAAUGCAGCAUUAGCAUUAAUUGGUGCUCGAAAAUGAUGUAUCAAAUAAGUUGUGUGAUCUAUAGCGCAAUAACGACGGUCUCACAAUGGCUUCACACGCAGGGAUGCGAUUAUUCCUUUUAAAUCCUGUUCUUGCUCAUGAAGCAUGAAGCAUUCCAGUCGGCCACCAACACAAGUGUGGGAAUUCACAUUUUCUGUUAGCGAGUUUCCUCGAGGUAGACAGUAAAAACCUUUAAAAAGCUGUUUGAAAUUUGUGUAGUAAGAAGUACCUUUUCCCACGAAUUAUGUGAAGGGAAGAAUCAUUCCAAAUAUUCACACGGAGUCAAAUUAGAAUUAUAA